AAUAAUAAUAACAAUAAAAAAAUAAUAAUGUUGUGAUUUUCAAGAAAAGGGUGCGGCACAAAAACCCAUAACAACCACAAUUGCUAUCUGUAUUUAUAAGGUCAAAUCCCUAAAAUUUUACUGAUUUCAUCGUUCAAAUUGAUACAGGCCCUGGUUUCCCACUUCAGGUACGAAAGCAUAUGAAUUUCAAUGUUUAUGUUUUUUCCUUUUUUUUUUGAGCUACAUUUUGACGGCUUCUACGCUCGAUAAUUAUUUCACAAAAACUAUGAGUUCUUUUGUUUUUUUUUUCUGGUGGAAUGUUUUUGUUUUUUUGCGUUUCUUGUUAGAUUAGUAGACGAUGAUGGGCUUUUGCAGAAGAAAAUGUCAACUGCCUGUCAAUAGUUUGGUCUGAGCUGCAGAGUUAGAUCAUGUGAUAUUGUUGUGUUAUCCUUGUUGAUUUCAAGGUUCUUUUAGAAUUUUCAGAUAAAAAGAAGAAAAAAAAUGAGUACUUUGGAUGUUGCGAGGGCUGAGCUUGCACUAGCUGUUUUGUAUCUUAACAAAGCCGAAGCUCGGGACAAAAUAUGCAGGGCCAUACAAUAUGGUUCGAAAUUCUUGAGUAAUGGAGAGCCCGGCACAGCACAAAAUGUCGACAAAUCAACUAGCUUAGCUAGAAAAGUCUUUCGUUUGUUUAAGUUUGUUAAUGAUCUUCAUGGGCUUAUCAGCCCGACUGCUCCUGGAACUCCCCUUCCUCUAAUUUUGCUGGGGAAGUCCAAGAAUGCCCUCCUGUCCACUUUCUUGUUCCUGGAUCAAAUCGUGUGGCUGGGAAGGACUGGCAUAUACAAGAACAAAGAACGUACGGAGCUGAUUGGAAGGAUCUCUCUUUUUUGUUGGUUGGGUUCUUCUGUUUGCACCACAUUAGUUGAGAUUAGCGAAAUCGGGAGACUGUCUAGAUCAAUGAAGAAGAUGGAGAAGGAACUCAAGAAUCCUGACAAAUUGAAGAAUGAGCAAUACCGAAGUAAGGUUCAGAAGUCGAACGAGCGAUCUAUUGCGCUCGUUAAAGCGGCCUUGGAUAUAGUUGUUGCUGUGGGCUUGCUACAACUUGCACCUAAGAAAAUCACUCCUCGUGUAACGGGUGCUUUCGGAUUUACGAGCUCUCUCAUCUCCUGCUAUCAGUUGCUCCCGGCACAACCGAAAACCAAGACAACCUGAAGCAAAGCUUUACCUGGAGCAAAAUAAAGCUUUCAAGUUUCAAAUGUCAUGAAAUAAAUUACCCAUAUGUAUGAAUUUGGUACUUCGUGCUCUCUCAAGUUGGGUGUGUUUUAACUUUAAACCCAACUUCUAUAAAUGUUUGUUAGUUGUUACAAAGUAUUAUAAAAUUUCUCUAUAGGGCCAAUUAUAUUUGUGACUUAGCAAAAACUAUAUAUCCUACAAAAUACAUCUCAAAAUAUAGCUCAAAACAACUUUGAUCAAAUUAUACUUGUGAUCCAAAAGACACUUAACAUUGGUUUGGAAAG